AUGACGAUGAAACAACUGAAAUCGACGGGGAAAAUGAUGAGAAAAACCUGUCAGCCGAAAAAUAAUGCUGAGGAUGAACAAAUAGAGGCAAUAUCAAGAGGUGAAUUCAGGGAAGAAAAGGAAGUGAUGUGCUAUAUUGCGUGUAUUAUGAAAAUGGCUAAUGCGAUUAAGAAUGGCAAAUUAAACUAUGAAUCAGCUAUGAAACAAGCAGAUUUACUACUUCCAGAAGAAAUAAAAGAACCUGCAAAAGCAGCCAUCACUGCAUGUAGGAAAGUAGGCGAAUGCAUUUAUAAGGAAAAUCCGGAUGUAUUCUUCUUCCCUUAA